CGCCACUCACGUUCAAUCUACAAUAUGGCUGAAGACGAAGAGAAAUCGUUGUCUGAAGGGUCAGAAACUGUCAUACGUGCCAACAAGAAAUCUGCGAAGCAACUCCGCGUCGCGCUUAAGUAUGUCGAUGGGCUGCCUACUGCCUAUACCUGCAAUUUCCGGCUUGCCAAUGAGCUGUCCGAGAGUAUGCGAGCGAAGAUAUGGGAAUUAAUAAACGGGAAUAUGAGUGAACUAUGCGCCAACUCUUCUCUGGGCUGGAAUGCUCUCGAUAAACAACAGGAACUUUUCGAUCCCUUAGCCCGUUAUAUUAUACUGAAUCCUGUCGGCCAAUCAGACCAGAUUGCAGGAUAUUCUGUACUUCGCUUUGAGCACGAGGCUGAAGAGGAUAUUCUGUAUUGUUAUGAGCUCCAGAUUAGUCCUUUGCACCAGCGGAAGGGCCUCGGUAAAUUUUUAAUGAAGUUACUUGAAGUGAUAGGCCGAAGAACGAAGAUGGAAAAGAUUAUGCUCACCGUAUUGGACAACAACAGCGCGGCCAAUGAUUUCUACGCAACAAUUGGUUUCCAGCUGGAUGAAUGCUCACCGAGCUUUGAAGACCCAGAGAACGAAGGCGAUACCGAAAAAGUCGAUUAUCAGAUCCUAUCCAAGCUACUGGCAUGACGGAAUCAGGCUGGAGACGAGUUUGUGGCAACUUUUUUUGACACCGUGAAUACUGGUAAUAUGAUCUAUGGUGGUCGCUUCUCUGGAACGUCUUACAGUGCAGUGGCCACAUACGUACAUAAUUGAUGUAUCAGAACAGUUCUUUUGAAUCUAUCAGUCCCCUUUUCGUUGAA